CAUAACUAGGACAGGUACUCCACGAUGAUAGAGCAGAGUAUUACGCGGACUUUUAUGUGAGAUGAUUUUUCUAUAUAUUUGAAGAUAUCUACCAUAAUAUCAUGAGCCCGAAAGUUUUAAGAGAAAGAUAGGUGCCCAUCACCGCCUCUUAACAACCCCAGACACACACAAGCGCCGGGCGAUCUCGAGCUUGUAUCAUAUUUCUACGUUUCACCCCACCCCGCGCUUAGUAGAUUACCGUAAUUUAAUAGCAUAACAUAACAUAACUUGGGCUACCUACAGCAGCCCUACCGUACCGGUGCUGUACGUACAAGUACAGUACCCUUUGAUUCGGACAGUACCGUAUCCACCCAGUCAACCAGCCACCGACGUCUGAUUUUUCUUUAUUUACUCCUUUGUUUGUGGAGAGAAUCAUCCACCGUUUGCCAUCUUUGCUCCCCUACACACACAGCGACGACGACGACGACGACAACGACUACAAGUGUGAUAGAGAGAGAGAGAGAGAGAGAGAGGUGGACUGGAUUGGAGAUGAAGAGGAUAUUGACAACGUUCAAGAGGGAGAAAGGGGAUGCAAGCGAAAGAUACAGGGACGCAGGAGAUCGCGGAAGAAGCGGUUCUUCAGCUUCACUAGCGGAGGAUGAUUCCCCGGAGGGGAGGAUCGUGAUCGCUACUAAAUCGUUCUGCGAAUCUGGCGGUCCGCAAAACCAAAACCCGGGCGAGGAGGUGCUCUACCUCCCCACCAUCGUCGACUUGGCCGAAUCCUCGCCGACGGCAGCGCGCGCGGCGGCGCACACGAUACGCAAGUACCUAGAGACAAAGAAGAAUAACAGUUUGCGGCCGCACACACAGUGCAACGCCAUCAUGCUGACACGCAUUCUCAGCGACAACCCAAGCUGCGCCUUCACGCGCAAUCUAGCCGAGGCCAAGUUCGUUGCGGCGGUGAAGGAGCUACUAAAGCAUGGGCGAGAGCCGAGCGUGCGACUGAAACUGGUCGAGACGCUGGAGCACUUUGACGGGAGGGUGACGGCGAGGGCCGGAGUCGGAGUCGGAGUCGGGGGGCAUGGGGAUGAAGAGGUGGAGGGAUUGAAGGGACUUGUGGAGGUAUGGGCCAAGGAGAAGAGGAACAUGGCAAAGCUGUCCAAGUCUGCCCCCGCCUCCGGCGGUGGUGGCGGUCUCUUCACCGGUAACCCCAACAACACCAACGGUCAAUACCGACCUCACCACUACUACCAAACCCAACCGGACCUCCCAAACAUGGAAGAACUAGCAGCACGCAUCUCCGAAGCCCAAACCUCCGCCAAACUCCUCGAACAAGUGCUACAAUCUACCCCGCACCCGGAAAUCCCGCGCAAUGAACUUAUCCGCGAGUUUGCCGACCGCUGCAAAACUGCCUCGCGCUCCAUGCAGAGAUACAUAUCUGUUGCCAGCGGAGGUGGCGACGGCGCCGGGGAUGGCAGUGGAAUCGACGAGGACACGCUGACAACGUUGAUAAUGACAAAUGACUUACUAACCAUGGCUGUUGGCAAGCAUGCCCGUGCUGUCAAGGAGGCGCUCGAGAAGCAGGAGGUGCAUAAGACUGUGGAGGGGGCUAGGAUUACCGAUGUUGCGGGGAGAGGUAUGGAUGCGAUGGGGGGUGGUGGUGGUAUUGGUGAUGAACCAAGUACGCCGGGGGAGAGCGGUAGGAGGGGUGCGGGUCCGGGGGUGAAUGUGCAGAGGGAUGGGCAGAGAGAGAGGGAGAUGGUACCGGAUAGUCCAGUUAGCCCUGCGACCCCCGGACCAGUGGCGUAUCGGUAUUGAUUAAUUGACCAACAAGACAAAAACUCUCUCCAUCCAUCCAUUCAGUCUACUCUAUCUUUCAUUCAUUCGUUCAUUUUCUUUCAUAUCCCCCAAUUUCUCCCCCCCAAGUCAUGUAUCCUAAUUCAUGGUACUUACGUUACCACGAUUCCGUCCGGCUUUUUUCACAUGAUAUUUUCUACCCACUUA